AAUUAAGCCAAAAGUGCGCCAUGGAGGACGAUUUCGAUACGGGGGACAUGUUCAAGGAUCCCGAAGGGUUCUACCCCGAGGAGAAACCCCCUACUUUUAGCGAGCAUCAGAUGCUCUGUGGGAAGACGGUGCGCGUGCGUCUCGUGGGCAGCCACCCGCUUUAUGGCAACCUCCUAUGGAAUGCUGGGCGAACGAGUUCCCACUAUAUCGAGGAACGGACGGACGAGCUGAUCCGCGAUAAGGAUGUUCUCGAGAUUGGUGCCGCCGCGGGUGUGCCCAGCAUUGUGAGCGCUAUUCAAGGUGCUCGCACCGUCGUGAUGACCGACUACUACGACCCAGACCUCGUGUCUAACAUGCAAUAUAAUGCCGACCUGGCCAGCGAGAUGAUUCCUAAGCGCCCCGACUCGCAGGAGAGACUGCAUGUGGAAGGAUACAAAUGGGGCAACUCAGUUGAACCACUACUGGCAUACUUGCCUCCUGCUAACAACGGGGAGCCCUCUGGAUUCGACGUGUUGAUCAUGGCGGAUGUGAUCUACAACUAUCCCGAGCAUGCGAACCUGGUGAAGACUAUGCAGCUGACCUUGAAGAAGACCCCCGAGGCUGUUGCAUUGGUGAUCUUCACACCUUAUGAGCCAUGGCUGCUCCCUCAGACCGAGAAGUUCUUUCCGCGGGCGGAAGAAGGUGGAUUCAGUGUGACCAAGAUAUUCCAAAAGCUGAUGGACCACGUGCUCUUUGAGGACGACCCAGGCGAUGAGACCCUUCGAAAGACAGUUUUCGGAUAUGAGCUUCGUUGGAAGCCAGAAGAAUUGGAAUCUAUAACCGCUUAGAAUACCGCUUGAUACCCUGGCAUUCUUUUGCCUCAAAGAAGCAUAUAUAUAGAGAAAUAGCACGAACAUCAUGUCAUAUAUUUGGUUGUUACCUG